CAAACUCGUAGAGUCGUCACCAGCUAGUUGCAAUAUACUCCUGGGACCGUUACAUUUUGCCUCGAAUCCUUCUAUCAAUUUUUCCCGAUCGGUCCGUCGGAAUAGAAGCGCUUUCUCUGACCUUCAAUUCUUCCUCCACCAAGUCGAUUGUCCCUCAACGACGUCAAGUGCUCCCCGACGUGGAGCUCCUCCAGGGAACCGUGGACCUCGACGAGUGGCUCGUCUCGAUGCGUGCGAAAAUUGCGCAUUGAUGGAGCUGCGCUUGGUGAUGAGUAUGCAUGCUUCCAUUAGGUAUACUCACACCUCGCACCCCGCCUGAAGCGGACAAUGCUUCCGUACGUCAAGAGGGCACAAGAAGCCAACACCCUGUGCCGCCGAUGCAUCUGUCGCGCAUGUGCAGAGCACCUUCGAAGAUCCGAACAAGGUUAAGAAAGCUGGUCAACGCUUGACCAGGAUGCGCCAGGGGAAGAGGUCGAUUGCGGCAUACAUCCCUGAGUUUGAACGUAAACUCUUCGAAGCCCGAGCAGACCAAUGGCCAGACGAGGCCCGCAUUACGCUGCUUGUCGUCAGCUUGAAUCGGGAGACCCAAGAUCGACUCGAGGGCAAGGACUGGCCCGAGACACACACCCAGUUCACAGCCUUCCUCCGGCGCCAGGAGAGUGCGUUCGUCAGCACCUCUGACACUGCCAGCACUGUGGCAGAUCGACAACUCAACGACGAUCCGAUGGACAUCGAUGUCAACCGCGCGGAGGUUGCGGACUCGGCGGAUGCGGAGGCACUUGGGGUGGGGGCGGUGGUGGUGGUGGUAGUGGCUAUGGCCCCGCUGGCUGUGGUUGUGGCCUUGGCUGCAAACCCAAUCCCCCUGGCGGGUGGCGGAGGAUGCAACGGGCCGGACUGUCCCAAGGACGGUCCUAAAGACUGUGAGGGUAGUGACUGCGGCUGCGACGCCAACAAGAAGGUCACGCAGUACGGUGUGCUGUGCUCCAAGACGGUAGCGCUCACCACCACCAUCACGGGAACCUGCUCGACGACAAAGUGCGUGACGACAAGCUGCGGCACGGCGACGACGAGCACGAGCACAACCACCAAGACGGAAUCCGAAGCGGUGACGAUGACGGCGAUGGGCGACACGUAUCCGACGGUGGAUCCGGCCGGAGCCCUGGCUACGAGCGUGUACAACGACGCGCUGAGCUGGUGGUCCGUCGAGGAGGCGGCGUACACGUCCCUAGCCUCGACCACCACCUCCCAGGCCCCCGCCCCGUCGUCGACGCUCGGGGCCAGGUGCAACAACAACGCCGAGUUGUUCGUCGGGUCAGACCAUGGCAUGCCAGCCGGCAAGCGAUUCGAACGGGUUUAAUGUUUGCGUUUGCGUUUGAGCGGACGGGACUUGGCCGUGAAGAACGGGCGAGACCAAGCGCCUGUAAAAUAUACCUAUCAAGUAACUAGAGAUAGAUAGGCGACCAAUUCAUUGUAUUUGGAGGUCAU